CUACGAAUAAAGCUUUCUUUUUGGCCCGCCCGUCUCUCUUCCUCUAUCUCUCCCCGGCGGAAAACACCAAACCCUCACUCGCUCUUUAUAGACCAUUGCCGCUCGACAUAUACAUACAAAGGAUCUCUAGUCCCUUGACCUAUUUCUAGGGUUUUCUCUUUAUCGCUAGGAACUGUAACGAUGUCGCUGAGACCUAGCGCCAGAACGGAGGUUCGCCGGAACCGAUACAAGGUGGCGGUUGAUGCCGAGGAAGGGCGCCGGAGGCGAGAAGACAAUAUGGUCGAGAUCCGUAAGAACCGGAGAGAAGAAAGUUUGCAGAAGAAGAGACGCGAAGUCACUGUUAGCCAGUUCGCCAUGCCCGUUCAGUCUGCUUCCGCCGCCGAAAAGAAGUUGGAAAAUCUUCCUGCAAUGGUUGCUGGAGUUUUCUCUAAUGAUAACAAUAUGCAGCUUGAGGCCACUACUCAGUUUCGUAAACUCUUAUCAAUAGAACGCAGCCCUCCAAUCGAAGAAGUUAUUCAAUCUGGUGUUGUCCCUCGCUUUGUUGAGUUUCUUGUGAGGGAGGAUUUCCCCCAACUACAGUUUGAGGCUGCUUGGGCUUUGACUAAUAUUGCCUCUGGAACAUCUGAACACACAAAGGUGGUGAUUGAUCAUGGAGCUGUCCCGAUUUUUGUGAAACUUCUUGCAUCUCCCAGUGAUGAUGUUAGGGAGCAGGCUGUAUGGGCCCUAGGGAAUGUGGCUGGUGAUUCCCCUAAAUGUCGUGACCUUGUACUCUCACAAGGAGCUUUGAUUCCUUUACUUUCCCAAUUAAACGCACAGGCUAAGCUAUCUAUGUUGCGAAAUGCCACUUGGACACUUUCCAAUUUUUGUAGGGGCAAACCACAACCUUCUUUUGAUCAGACAAAACCUGCACUUCCGGCUCUACAGCAACUUAUUCGUUCAGAAGACGAUGAAGUCUUGACAGAUGCUUGUUGGGCGCUUUCAUAUCUUUCUGAUGGCACCAAUGAUAAAAUCCAAGCUGUUAUUGAAGCAAAUGUAUGUCCAAGAUUGGUUGAGCUAUUGAAUCGUGCUUCUCCAACUGUGCUUAUCCCUGCUCUUCGUACAGUUGGGAACAUUGUUACUGGAGAUGAUAUGCAAACUCAGUAUAUAAUCAAUCUUCAAGCAUUGCCUUGUCUUCUGAACCUGUUAAUUGGUAAUCACAAAAAGAGCAUUAAGAAGGAAGCUUGCUGGACUAUAUCAAACAUCACUGCUGGCAAUAAGGAGCAGAUUCAGAUAGUGAUUGAAGCAAAUAUCAUUGGUCCUCUUGUUCUUUUGCUUCAAACUGCUGAAUUUGACAUCAAGAAAGAGGCUGCAUGGGCCAUCUCAAAUGCUACUUCAGGUGGAACCCACGACCAAAUUAAGUAUUUAGUUAGUGAGGGGUGUAUCAAACCUUUGUGUGACCUGCUGAUCUGUCCAGACCCACGGAUAGUGACAGUGUGUUUAGAGGGGCUUGAGAACAUUUUAAAGGUUGGUGAAGCUGAAAAGAAUUUGGGGCAAUCUGGGGAUGUAAAUGUUUAUGCACAAAUGAUUGAUGAUGCUGAAGGAUUGGAGAAAAUAGAGAAUUUACAGAGUCAUGAUAACAAUGAGAUAUAUGAGAAAGCAGUGAAGCUUCUUGAGACCCUCAGCCUGCUGCUUUCCAUUUUGGAGGUGCUGAUGUUUCCGUUCCCUCUGGUGGAUUCACCUUUAACUGAUUCAAGUCAAGGUGAUUCAUCGUUUCUGAAGUAGGGCUCUUUUUUUGACCUGGGUGGUGGUCCAGUAUUAUUAUAGUUUUGACUUUUGAGGGUUUCUGUUAACUGUUUGGAGUCAAUAUCUUACCAGUGAUGACUGGAGUCUUGAUGAAUUAUGUAAAGUAGUUAGAUUUCUGUUUGAUUAUUUGACAUUGGGAUUUAUGGAUUUAGUCCCGUUUUUGCUUUGUAUUUCUUAUUUGCCACUUACUUGAGAAUUACCAAUUCCCUAUAUGUACUAGUCAAGAUUAUAGUUAUGAAGACACUUUUUGGGUCUA